GAUAUAAGCAGCUGGGAGAUCCAGAAGAAAAACUGCACGUGGCUCAUGGUGACACAUGAAACGUGUACCAAAGACGAUGUGAUGACAGCAUUAGAGAAGGCCACUGGUGAUGUUGUGCUCAAGUUCGAACCUUUUGUUCUUCAUGUCCUAUGUCAAGAGCUCCAAGACGCACAGCUUCUGCAUUCGGUGGCUAUCAAUUCUGGGUUCAGGAACUCUGGUAUUACAGUUGGCAGAGGAGGAAAGAUUAUGAUGGCUGUCCGAAGCACUCAUUGCUUAGAAGUUCCAUUGAGCCACAAGGGGAAAUUGAUGGUCUCCAAAGAAUAUAUUGAAUUUCUGAUACAUGUAGCUAAUCGGAAAAUGGAAGAAAACACAAGGAGGAUUGACAGAUUCUACAAAUGCUUAGAGUCAGCUUUAAAAACUGCCGUCAGUGCAAACAACUCACCUUCUGAGGAGACGGAGAAGAAUCGCUUUGGGUACAUUCGCAGAAGGAAGAGAAAGACCAUUCAAGAACAGGGUGUACACACCUCUCCAAAGGACCAGAAUGAAGAAUUGGAGUCUGAGGAUGAUACAGAAACCAAUCUUGAUAUUUUUGCUGAAAUCAUGAUCUAG